GUUUUAGAUGCACCUUUCUUACCUUGCGAUAUUUAUGAUGUAAAGAAAGAAGUGGAAUUAGGAAGUUCGGUAGAGUCCAAUGGUGAGGAUGUUAUUCAUGAGGCUUACAAGGAGCCUUAUUCCGAAUGUCCAAAGCAAAAGAAAGCUCAUCCGAAUUUGAUCAUUAAGUUCAAGUCCCUUGAGAAUGAGAGGGAUAAUUUAAAGAGUGAGCUUAGUAAUGAAAAAUUAUCCUUGAAGUACAAGUUUGGAUUUGGCGAACAAGAGUUCCACAAUGCGCAUGAGAGUAGGAAAGUUCUAGAGGCAAAAAUAGUGAAGCAUGAGCAAGACCAAAUUGAGUCUAAGGAUCUUUCCAAUAGGCUCUUCCCUAGGAUCGAAAAAAACUUGAUAAAUUGUUGUAUAUACGGAAUGAUGUAG